CCUAUAUACACCGAUCCAGCCAAUCCUUUUUUCUAGAAUUCCGACUUCCUAAAUACCUGUCCAAAUACAUUACUUGAUCGGAAACCGAUAGCCAUCAUCAAAUUCAAUGGCGGAGAAGUCUUUUAAGUAUGUGAUCGUCGGCGGCGGUGUCUCAGCUGGUUAUGCUGCAAGGGAGUUUGCAAAGCAAGGAGUCAAACCAGGCGAGCUAGCAAUCAUUUCAAAGGAGGGGGUGGCUCCAUAUGAACGCCCUGCACUAAGCAAGGCAUAUUUGUUCCCUGAGGGAGCUGCCAGACUUCCAGGUUUUCAUACAUGUGUUGGAAGUGGAGGAGAGAGACUACUACCAGAGUGGUACACAGAGAAAGGAAUAAACUUGAUCCUGAACACAGAAAUAGUGAAAGCAGAUCUUGCUUCAAAAACUCUCACUAGUGCAGCUGGAGAAACCUUCACAUAUAAGGUUUUGAUCAUUGCCACUGGCUCCACAACUCUGAAGCUGACAGACUUUGGUGUAGAAGGUGCUAGUGCCAAGAACAUUCUUUACUUGAGAGAGAUUGAUGAUGCUGAUAAACUUGUGGAAGCUAUUAAAGCAAAGAAAAAUGGAAAAGCAGUUGUUGUUGGAGGAGGAUACAUUGGUCUUGAACUUAGUGCAGUACUCAAAAUUAACAACUUUGAUGUUAAAAUGGUUUACCCUGAACCAUGGUGCAUGCCUCGUCUAUUCACUGCUGACAUUGCUGCUUUCUAUGAGAGUUAUUAUGAGAAAAAGGGUGUCAGUAUCAUCAAGGGUACAGUUGCUGUUGGAUUUACCAGUAAUGACAGUGGAGAGGUGAAAGAAGUGAAAUUGAAGGAUGGAAGGGUGCUUGAAGCAGAUAUUGUUGUUGUUGGUGUUGGAGGAAGGCCCCUCAUCAGUCUAUUCAAAGGACAGGUUGAAGAGGAGAAAGGUGGAAUUAAGACGGAUGGAUUUUUUAAAACUAGUGUUCCGGAUGUUUAUGCUGUUGGUGAUGUUGCUACUUUCCCAAUGAAGUUGUAUGGUGACAUCAGAAGAGUUGAACAUGUUGACCAUUCUCGCAAAUCUGCAGAACAAGCUGUCAAGGCGAUUUUUGCAAGCGAGCAAGGAAAAGAAAUCGCAGAUUACGAUUACCUUCCAUACUUCUACUCGCGUUCCUUCGAUCUGUCAUGGCAAUUUUACGGUGACAACGUCGGUGACUCUGUCAUCUUCGGUGACCACGACCCGUCAUCAGCAAAACCAAAGUUCGGGUCAUACUGGAUCAACAAUGGAAAGGUGGUGGGUGUGUUUCUAGAAGGUGGUGCACCUGAGGAAAACCAAGCCAUAGCCAAAGUAGCCAAACUCCAACCACCAGCCUCCAGCCUAGAUGUGCUUGCCAAAGAAGGUCUUGACUUUGCCAGCAAGAUUUGAGAACCUUACCUUCUUUAUGAGACUUUAUAUAUAUGAGUUUGAUUGGUUACGUUAAAAACGGUUAAUAACACAAUGUGUUUCAGAAAUUGUGGAUUUAGAGUGUGUUUAUGUUGUUGCAUUUGUGUGUUGUUUUUGGCUCUUGUAGCUCUCAACUAGUAGUAGUUGUAUUUCCCUUGAUUAUAA